AUGAGUGGAGGCGGCAAUAACAUUACGAUAUCCUACCCUGGCAAUGGCUGGCAAAUGCUAUGGCCCUCAGCAUUUGGUGCCUUCCAGCUCGACAUCGUUGGUUUCCUUGCCAUCCUUGGAGAAGGUUCCGUGGCCGUCAAUGCUCAGGUGUCUGCUCUGUCCGACCUGUUCUUCCUCCCUAGACUUAUGCCUGCACCACAAGCGUUGCUCUUCCCCACUCGACCAGUACGACUAGAGCCAGUCACGAAGGCGUAUGUUACUGCUGUGCAAGCCGGGAAUGUCAUUGAUCACAUACAUCAUGUAGCAUCUAUUCUACUAUCCAAAGCUGAAGACAUGCCCGAGCACAUGGUACGAUGCGUCGAGAUCAGAAAGAGUGACAAGGCAGGCAGGACGAGUACCUCAUGGUCGGACAGAGCCUUAAAAGGCCAGCCUUCAAGAGCAGGGCAACAUUCCAUGGCACCUGUAGAGAUUGAGCCAUCAGUGACAGCGAAAGCUUUUGGUCCGUUGGCUUGGGUUACACUGAAUGGUCUGACACUGGCUACAACACUCUUUCUCCUAUCUAUGUUAUUUGGAGAUGGUAUGUCCAUGCUGGCCACCGUGGUGCUCUCCCUACUCUCGACUCUCAUCGGCGUUAGCAACAAGUGGAGUCUGACACUGAUUAAGAGACGUGCCGGCAUCGUCCCUCCCGGAGACGUCGUCAUUCGCUAUCCGAAUGGCAGCUUUCUGGUCGUCAAGUGCGCUGAAGACAUCGCUCGCGAACUGUUCUUUGCUCCCGAGAAGAUCAACUAUAUGAUCACGAGCCCGGCAAUUCACCGACUCAUCUCACUUGUUGGCACGCUUAUGCUUAUGUUCGGCGUUAUCGCGCUUGCCAAUGCCAGGCUGGAAUUGCAGUUCGCAUGGGGCGGUGCUUAUAUCAUUAUCAAUGCCGUUCAUUGGAUUGCUGCUGCAGUACCACAACGUAUGCAUUGGGACUUCUCCUGCUACGUUCUCGCAGAACAGGGCAUUGAUGGCGGCAACGAACAGCUUGGCUACACAGAGGCGCUUUGGAAAGCUAUCAUGAUUACGCAGUCGAUCGACUGGUGCAGAGCCGGUGCGCCUGCAGCGCCGCUCACCAAGGUCUGGGACGAGUGGCUGGUUGAAGCAGGCAAACAAAGUGCUUCUGUCGUGGAGAAGUCAGGGUCUGUGGUUGCGCCUUACUGGGAUGAGCAGCCAGACUCCGAGAAGGGACAUGCUAGUACUGUGUUAUGGAGCAUACCCAAAGAGUGGGAUGCGAAGAAGGCCUGGAACGACAUAUUACAACGACAUCGUGCUGCACCGACUGCAGCACCAGCGAAUUCUUCGUGA